CUCAGUCCUUUUAAAUCUCAGUCCUUUUAAAUCUCAGUCCUUUUAAAUCUCAGUCCUUUUAAAUCUCAGUCCUUUUAAAUCUCAGUCCUAAAUUUCAAUCCCUCACUCUGGCCAAACGGUUUGUAUUUUCAGCCAGAGGGACCCAGCCCAACCCCUUCUACAACUUACAACAUUCCAUCAAAGCACAACUCUGCUCCUAUUUCAAGAUAACCAUUCGACUUCAUCUCAAGGCCGAAGCUUCGUGAAUCCCAACACCCCACAAGAUGUCAACCCCAACUCACAAACCAUCCCCUUACAAAGCCUCCUCCAUCUUCUCCUCCCUCCAAAACGCCAUCGCAAAAGGCAUCCACGACCAGAACUUCAAGAACGGAGCCUUCAGGACCUCGAUCCCACACAACACCAUCUCCAAUACUAAAACUUCUGUCGUGGAUGCCUUCAAUAUCCUGCUCGCUUCUCCUGAGCUGUCAACCGAGGAGAAAGAGACUGUAAAGUACUGCCGCAUCCAGUUCAUCCACCUCCGCAACUGCUUCCCAGGAGCCACCCAGCCAAAGGCAGGAGAGGCUGGUGCUCUCGAGGAGAAAUUGAAGGGGUUGAAGGAGAUGUUUGAGGAAGAUGCUGCGAGAAGGGAGCCGGAGAACGCAGCGCUGGAUUUUGAGGCAACUCCGGCGAAGACAAAGAAGAGGAGCGCGAGUGCGGUGGAUGAUAACGCUGUCUCUGGCAAGAGAUUGCGGAAGACGUUGAGUUCUGUACCUCAGUAG